AAAAAAUGAAAGUGGCUAUAAUUGGUGCUGGAGCCAGUGGAAUAACUGCCAUCAAAUGCUGUUUAGACGAAGGGUUACAACCAACAUGCUAUGAACGGACACAUGAUAUAGGUGGUCUUUGGCGCUAUACGGAUGAGGUCUCGGAAGGUCAGGCAUGUGUAAUGAGGUCAACAAUCAUCAACACCAGUAAAGAAACGAUGUGUUACAGUGAUUUCCCAAUACCAGCGGAAUACCCAAUCUAUAUGCAUCAUUCUUAUGUUCAGAAAUAUUUCAAUUUGUAUGUCGACAAAUUUGAAUUGAGGAAACAUAUUUGCUUCAGGCACGAGAUUAUAUUAGUUAAACCAGCAGAUGAUUUUGAAACAAGCGGCCAAUGGGAACUGAGAGUCAAAGAUCUAGCAAAAGAUGUAGAACAAAGUAUAAUGUACGAUGCCGUAAUGAUUUGUACUGGUCAUCAUGCUGAGAAAAACAUGCCCGAUUUUCCUGGAUUGCACAAUUUCAAGGGAAAAGUUCUUCAUAGCCAUGACUACAGACAUACUGCUGGAUAUGAAGACAAGAGGGUCGUUGUCGUUGGUAUUGGUAAUUCUGGUGGCGAUGCAGCCGUGGAACUUAGCAGAGUGGCAUCACAGACAUACUUGAGCACAAGAUCCGGAAGCUGGGUUUAUAAUCGAAUAUCAGACCGAGGUUUACCCUUGGAUAUGCUUUACGCACGCCGGAUAACGUUUGCAUUUAAGAAUAUGAUUGGUGAACCUAUUGUUCAACAUUUCGCUCAAAAGAAACUGGAACAAAGAUUUGAUCAUUCGAUUUAUGGCUUAAAACCAAAACAUGGAAUACUUGCUCAACACCCAAUGGUCAACGACGAAAUACCAAACAGACUCGCAAGUGGUAUGCUUAAAGUUAAACCAAAUAUAAAGCAUUUUACAGAGAAUGGCGUUGCAUUUGAAGACGGAACAACAGAGGACGAUAUCGAUGUUGUAAUGUUUGCUACUGGAUAUGUUUUUGGGUUUCCUUUCUUAGAUGAAUCUGUUAUAAAAGUUGUAGAAAAUAAAGUAGAAUUAUAUAAAUAUAUGUUUCCACCUAAUCUAAAGAGACAGACUUUAUGCAUUAUUGGUUGUGUACAGGCACUGGGCGCAUUAAUUCCUGUGAGUGAAAUGCAAACUCGUCUGGCAACAAGAGUAUUCAAGGGAGACGUUUUGCUUCCACCAAAAGAAGAAAUGUGGAAAGAUAUGCAUAAAAACAUUGAAGCAAUGAGAAAGAAAUACAUUGCUGGAACGCGUCAUACAAUCCAAGUUGAAUGGCUAGAAUACAUGGAUGUAUUAGCAGCUCUCAAUAAGUGCAUACCUGACCUAUGGAGUAUGUUGAAAACAGAUCCCAAAUUGGCAUUGGCAUGUUACUUUGGACCAAGUACUCCAUAUCAAUAUCGACUUGAAGGUCCAGGGAAAUGGAGUGGUGCUCGUGAGGCUAUCUUUACACAGUGGGAUCGAACACUUACGCCGUUGAAAACAAGAUCUUUAGGCUUUGAAGAGAAGAACAUUGGCCUUUCAAAGUUCAAUGUCUUUUGCAUCGCCGUCGUGGCUAUUAUUGUGUGGUACUUUCUUGUAUACUAUAAUAUAUGAAAAACUACUAUACGAAUCUUAUAACUU